AUGACAAUCCGUGUGUUGCUGAGGGAUCAUCCUCAUCGUGCUGUUGCACUAGCCACUGAUGACCACAUCUUAACCUUCCGCCAUAGUCCCUCCACUGCUGGCGCCUCAUCGCUUUCCGUCAACUCCACCCAAAGUGCAACCCUGCAGCCAAGAUGUAUGGUCGAGUUUGCUCGAACUGCGGACACUGACAUAACCGAUUUUCGCUCAUUGACUUCACUCACCGUCUUCGGAACUCUCGGCUUGAUCACCAUCAACGGCGAUAUCUUUCUGUGCGUCGUCAAUGGAGCCCAAAGAGCAGCUACAGUCAGAAACGGCGAGAACGUCUUGAAAAUAACAUCUGUCGAAUUUCAUUGCAUAAACAAAUCUGAUUAUGACUCUCUGGUUCUUGAUCGCAUCAACAAUUUCUCGACAGACGAUAUCGAGGAAGAUGGCUUUGACCAUUACCAUGCCAGGGAUUCGGUCAUGGAACAUCCUUGUAUGGCUAUGAAGAAACUCCUUAGUGGAGGCAGUUUCUACUACAGUGCCGACUUUGAUUUGACGAGACGUCUUCAAGACAGAUCAUCAUUAUCAGCAACAGUUGCAAUUGACAGCCUUGACGCAGGUUUCCUCUGGAACUCGUACAUGAUCCAACCACUAGUCAGCUUCCGCUCAAGACUAUCAGAGCGUGAAAAGAAGGAGCUGGAUGCUUCUCGCAUGCUGACAUCUGCUAUACGUGGAUUUGCCAUGACACUUACAGUCCCGCCUGCUUCGUCGCCAAUCAGCCAUGCCUCUGCCGGCUUCCCCUCGACGCUAACCUUGCUGUCGCGUCUGUCUUGUCGUAGAGCCGGUACUCGAUUCAAUGCUCGAGGUAUCGAUGAUGACGGCAACGUUGCCAACUUUGUCGAGACUGAGGUAAUAUUUUCUACACCUUCAGGCAUGAGCUUUUCCUACGUCCAAGUACGAGGCAGUAUUCCCCUCUUUUGGGAACAAGCAGCAGGCUUCACUCCUGGACAACAAAAAAUUCAGCUCACGCGAUCUGCUGAAGCGUCUCAACCCGCGUUCGACAAACAUAUGUCUGAUCUAGAAAUCAGCUAUGGCAACAUCCACGUAGUCAAUUUGCUCAGCAAUGAAAAGCCGGGCGAACUGGAGCUAAGUCGCAGGUAUCAAUAUCAUGUCCGUAACAGCCCUCUGAACCUGCCUUCUGGCGAGCCUGGAGAGAAAGAGGUCGAGGAUCACGAACUUAUCAAGGAGACCGAUUACGAUUUCCAUGCCGAAACUCGUGCACUUGGAUAUGAAGCAGCAAAGGGGAUCAGACGUUACCUCCAAGACUCGAUUGAGAACUUUGCUUACUUCCUUUCGGAAGAAGUGGACGAGGAACCAAAGAACGCCAAUGGCAGACCACAGUCGCUCAUGCGAAGGAACAUGAACAUCUUACAGCAGGAAGGUGUGUUCCGCACUAAUUGCCUUGACUGUUUGGAUAGAACAAAUCUUAUCCAAACGCUGAUCAGUCAAAUGGCUAUUCAAGAAUUCUUAAACCAACGAGGUGAAAGACAAGCGACCAAUGACUUUUGGGUCAGACACGGCACUCUUUGGGCUGACAAUGGUGACGCAUUAUCACGAAUCUAUGCAGGCACUGGAGCAUUGAAAUCCUCGUUCACCAGACACGGGAAGUCGUCUCUCGCAGGUGCAUUUGCGGACUUCCGUAAGAGUGCAACUCGAUUGUACAUCAACAACUUCGAGGACAAAGGCAGGCAGAAUACAAUCGAUAUGCUCUUGGGUCGCCUGGUUGACCAGGUGCCUGUUCAUCUUUUCGAUCCCAUCAACGAUUGGGUUUCUGCGGAACUUACCAAAAGGACAAACGAAUACUCGGCGUGUGAUAACAUUAACAUCUAUGUUGGCACGUUCAACCUUAACGGCAAGACUAGAGGCCUGUCUGAAGAUCUUUCACCCUGGCUCUGUCCGCCUGUUGAUCUUUCUCAGCAACAGCCUGAGAUUGUGGCUGUUGGCUUCCAAGAGAUUGUCGACCUUAGUCCUCAACAGAUCAUGUCGACUGAUCCACAUAGAAGACAAGCAUGGGAGGAAGCAGUCAAGGCGACCUUGAACGAGCAUGCCCAAACUUUGGGGUCGGAAGAAUAUGUCAUGCUCAGAGGUGGACAACUUGUCGGGUGCUCUCUGUCUGUCUUUGUCAAAGCGAGCAUUCUACCAUAUAUCAAGAAUGUCGAAGGUGCCUUGAAGAAGACGGGCAUGUCAGGUAUGGCGGGUAACAAGGGUGCGGUGGCUAUUCGCAUGGAGUAUGCUAAUACAUCCAUCUGCUUGGUCACUGCACAUCUGGCUGCAGGAUUCGCCAACUACGAGGAGCGUAACCAAGAUUAUCGCACCAUCAGCCAUGGACUUCGGUUUGCGAGAAACCGAUCGAUCGAAGAUCAUGACACCAUUAUUUGGCUUGGUGAUUUCAACUACCGUAUUGGUAUGGCCAAUGAGAAGACGAGACAGCUCGUUAAGAUGGGCGAUCUUGAGAAGCUCUACGAAAACGAUCAGCUUAACCUUCAAAUGGUUCAUGGCAAAACUUUCCCAUACUAUAACGAGGCCAGGAUCACCUUCCUGCCGACAUACAAGUACGAUGUCGGUACAGAUGAGUACGACAGCAGCGACAAAGCCCGUAUCCCUGCAUGGUGUGAUCGUGUCUUGACGAAAGGAAACAAUCUACGUCAAAUCCAUUACAACACUGCACCCUUGAGGUUCUCAGAUCACCGACCCGUCUACGCUACCUUCCAAUGCACGAUCACAGUCAUUGAUGAGAAGAAGAAACAAGAAAUCAGCGAAGGACUGUAUAGACAGAGACGCGCUGUGGUUGGUGGCAAUACGGCUACUGCCAGACCUGACGAUACCGACGACGAAGAUCUAAUAGGCUACGAGUCAAUCGAACCUGGCUUACCACCAGCAAGCUCAGACAAGCGCAAGUGGUGGCUAGACAAUGGCAUGCCAGCUCGUUCGCAGGUCAAACCACCAGCCGAAGGAUACGUUCGUAACCCACAAAGAGCACCUAACCCCUUCAGCGCCACUACCGAGCCAGACUGGGUCAAAGUUCCUCGCCCAAACCCACCUCCUCCUCGCAGCCUCUCAAUCCGCGACCGCAAUUCUUCGACAGCGAGCCAAAACUCAAAUGGCAGGGUAACACCAGUCAGUCGCAAACUACCUCCAGUCUGGCCACCACAUCAGCAAUCUUCCUCCGCAGCUCCUAGCUCUAGAGCCUCGUCUACCCAACAUAGUCUCCUAGACGACCCAAUCGAGGAGCCACCACUUCCACCGCGUCCCUCUGACAAUAGAAUCGGUCGCAAGGCAGCACCUCCAGUACCCAAAAAGCCAACAACACUACGCUCUGAAUCUCCUGUCAGUACGAGGGACGAUGGCUUUGCUCCCAAGCUUCCUCAAAGGGUAAAUACAUUGCAGUCGCAGUCGCCGGUUACGAAGAGUGUUUCUAUGCCUAUGCUUCCGCCACCGAGAAGAAGUACGGUGGAGGUUAAUACAAAGGGGAUUGAAAGUUGGUCGAGACAGACUAGUCAGAGUCAGAAUGAGAGUGGGCCGCCUUUACCUCCAAGAAGAGGUACUGCACAGAGGAAUCUGUUGGAUGAUGAAGAUGAAGGGGGUAUGAGUAGUUGGAAGCCGUUGAGACCCAAUUAG